AAGCAGGUGGGCGGGAGACCUGGAAGAGGACAAAGAGGGCCAGAGUGUGCCAGGAAGGAGGACUUCCAUCUGCCAUGCCUAGCUCUGCCUUCCCAGCCCACACCAGAAUCUGAAGGAACCUAAGGAAGGCCUCUGAGGGCAAGGACACUGAAAGCCUGAGGCCAUGCGCUCAAAGCUGUGUGGGUUACAAAAUGCAGCCAUAGCCUUAACCUCAUUCAUCCCCUGGAAGUGUGUGGGGAGAAGGGCUAGAUUCCCCAUCCUGAACUGGCACAGGGGAAGGGGCUCUUGUUUCCUAGCUCUUUCCCCAGUUUCUCAGACCCCCCACAACAAGAACCAAAAGGCCUUUAUGCAGCUGUGCCACUGGACUAAGCAGAGCCCUCCCCACCCACACCUUCCUGUCCAUUCUCCACCUCUCUUUCCCCACCCACUGUCCCUGGCCACCCACUGCCCCACCGCAGAGAUGAGCCGUCAGUGCCGGGCCCUGCAGGAGGAGGUGGAGACCCGCAGCAGGCAGCUGGAGGAAGAAGUGAGGCACCUUCGGGAGCAGUUAGAGAUGUGCCAGAGGGAAGCUGAAGCUGCUCAAGAAGAAGCCGAGCAGGCCCUUGCAGAGCGGGACCGAACUCUGGCUCAGCUUCGGGUGCACGUGGCAGACAUGGAGGCCAAGUAUGAAGAAAUCUUACAUGUAAGCCCUACCUUCAGAAGGCUAGCCAUCCCAGUACCCAGCACUCCCCUGUCCCCACAAAUUCCAGCCAGUGUGACAAUGACAGAGCAGGGGGACAGAAAAGAAGCACCUCUACAGGGACCUCUGCUCUGUCUGAAGGAAAUACAACCAUGCCUACUCUCUAAGAAUCAGAGCUUUAAGAAAACACUGGCUGGGAAAGCUUAGCAGCCAGCCUGGAAGCACUCCUCACCCAGCCCUCUCCUUUCCUGAGAUCUGAAGCUUGGUGUCUGCAGGGCAGCCUGGACCAGCUUUUGGCCAAACUGAGAGCCAUCCAGCCUCAGUGGGAUGGGGCUGUGCUGAGACUCCAUGCCAGGCACAAGGAGCAGCUCCGCGAGUUUGGACUCAACCCCCUGGAUCUUUGAGAAUGUGAGCCUCCAGUCGCUGAGACUGAAUAAUAAAGCUCUCUUGAUGUAGAAUUCAA